AUGUUAUUCGAUUGUCUUUCAAAACUUUCAUUAAAUUAUGCAGAUGUUCUUCUUGUUGAACAAUCAAUUUAUUGCUAUCCAAAUUUAAAAUUAGUAACAUAUAUAUCACCAAUACAACAAAUUCGUGCUAUUUUAAAUAUAUUACUUCAUUGUCAUUCCAAAUCAAACACGUCCAAUAGUGAAAUGGAAAAUAUUGUUGUUCAUCAAGAUAUAGUAGAGAAGCAAAUAGUUAAUAUUUUGUUCUAUGGUCAUGCUGGUUGCGGAAAAAAAAUGAUUGAGAAACAACUUAGGUGUCAAAGAGAACAACGAACAACUGCUGAACAUGAUCAAAUUUUAUUUGAAACUGAAACAAAACAAAUUAUUAGUCAAGGUCAAGUUAGCUUUACUAUUGAUGUAGAACGUCGCUGUUAUGAAAAUUCAACAGCAGCUGAUGUUGUUUUUUUUGUAAUUAAUUGA